AUGGAGGUGAACGAAUCUGAAAAGCGUCACCUAGAAGGCCACACGACGGCCGUGGACGAGCGAUUCACCAAAAUAGAACUCGGUAGAACCGCCAUCGUAACUUGCCUCUUGGAGAAGGGCGCCGACGUGAACGCGGCCGGCCGAGACGGCGAGACCCCUCUCCUGAGCGCCACCAAGCAAGGAAACGCAGAAUUAGUGCCAUGUCUUGUGGAGAGAGGGGCCAAUGUAAACACAUCUGAUGUUAAUGGAGAAACUCCCUUAUUGGUGGCAGUAGAAAAUCAGAAAAAUGAUUUCGUGCAAUUGCUAUUGACAAAAGGAGCUUCGCCAACAAGGAAAAACAAUGUGGAUGAGUCUCCAUUGUUUGUUGCUUCUAAAGACUCACACGUGGAUAUUCUUGAACUUUUGCUGGAAGCGGUCCAAGAAUCCGACAGGGACGAGAUAGGCCGCUCCCUGCGAAUGGCUGCUAGCGCGGAGGUGGUGUGGAUGUUGGUGGACGCGGCCCGUGACGUGGUGCUGGGGGAAGCAGGGAGGGAGGCGUUAGUUGCUUCAGCGGCGGACGGUCGCCAAGAAGCUCUGCACGCGAUUUUACAACUGGGCGUCAGCGCCAAUGUUACUGACCUUUUCGUAAAUACUGCAUUGCUCAAAGCAGCUUCUAAAGGCCACCCCUCGUGCGUGCGCACGCUGCUGGAGGCCGGUGCCCAAGUGAACGUUAAGAACAAAGACGACCAAACUGCUCUCCAUUUAGCCGCAAGGGAAGGGGAAAGAGAGUGCGUCGUCGCGCUGCUAGAGGCCGGUGCCCAAGUAAACGUUAAAGACAAAAGUGACCAAACUCCUCUGCAUGAAGCCGCAGGGAACGGGAACAAAGAAUGCGUCGUCACGCUGCUGGAUGCCGGUGCCCAAAUUAACAGGGACGAGAUAGGACGCUCCCUGCGAGUGGCUGCUAGCGCAGAGGUGGUGUGGGUCUUGGCUGACGCGGCUCGUGACGUGGUGCUGGGGGAAGCAGAGAUGGAGGCGUUAGUUGCUUCAGCGGCGGACGGACGCCAGGAAACCCUUCAAGCGCUGUUGCAACUGGGCGUCAACGCCAAUGCUACGGAGGUGAAUGGAAGGACCUCAUUGCACAACGCAGCUUCUGAAGGACACACCUUGAACGUGCGCACGCUGCUGGAGGCCGGAGUGCAAUUGAAUAUUCAAUACCAAUAGAGCUAUACUCCUCUGCAGUUAGCUAAAAAAAAGGCCAAGACAGAAUACAUGGAUUUGUUGAUCGAGUCCGACACCCUGGUGAAUGUUAAGGACAAAUGGAAAAUAACUGC